AGGCGGGGUCGCUACGGCGGGUUCCGCCGCCUCGGGAACCUCGCGCACUGGGCUCCUCAUUCCGCUGCUGCGGGCGGGGGGCGGCGGCUGGCGGCGGCGGCGACAGCGGCGACGGCGGCCGUGAUGCUGAGUUCCCGGGCACAGGCGGCGAGGACGGCGGCCGACAAGGCCCUCCAGCGCUUCCUGCGCACCGGGGCGGCCGUCAGAUAUAAAGUCAUGAAGAACUGGGGAGUGAUAGGCGGGAUCGCCGCUGCCCUUGCGGCGGGAAUAUACGUUAUCUGGGGUCCCAUUACAGAGAGGAAGAAGCGGAGAAAAGGGCUCGUGCCUGGGCUCGUCAACUUAGGGAACACCUGCUUCAUGAACUCGCUGCUGCAGGGCUUGUCUGCCUGCCCCGCCUUCGUCAAGUGGCUGGAGGAGUUCACCACCCAGUACUCCAGGGACCAGCAGGGGCCCCACCCACACCAGUGCCUGUCCUUGACGCUGCUGAACCUCCUGAAAGCUUUGUCCUGCCAAGAAGUCACCGAGGAUGAGGUCUUGGAUGCAAGCUGCCUGCUGGAUGUGCUGAGGAUGUACAGGUGGCAGAUUUCUUCCUUUGAAGAACAGGAUGCUCACGAGUUGUUCCACGUCAUCACCUCCUCACUGGAAGACGAGCGGGACCGCCAGCCUCGAGUCACUCAUCUCUUUGACGUUCAUUCCCUGGAGCAGCAGUCAGAGAUGACUCCCAGACAAGUCACCUGCCACACGAGAGGGUCUCCUCACCCCACGUCUAAUCACUGGAAGUCUCAGCACCCUUUCCACGGAAGACUAACUAGUAACAUGGUGUGCAAACACUGUGAGCACCAGAGUCCUGUUCGAUUUGAUACCUUUGACAGCCUUUCCCUCAGUAUUCCAGCUGCCACUUGGGGGCACCCGCUGACCCUGGACCACUGCCUUCAUCAUUUCAUCUCCUCCGAGUCGGUGCGGGACGUCGUGUGCGACAACUGUACAAAGAUGGAAGCAAAAGGAACGCUGAAUGGGGAAAAGGUGGAGCACCAGAGGACCACGUUCGUUAAACAGUUGAAGCUAGGGAAGCUGCCCCAGUGCCUCUGCAUCCACCUGCAGCGGCUCAGCUGGUCCAGCCACGGCACGCCCCUGAAGCGGCAUGAGCACGUGCAGUUCAACGAGUUCCUGAUGAUGGACUUCUACAAGUACCGCCUCCUGGGACACAAACCCAGUCAGCUUGGCCCCAAAGCCAGUGAGGACCUGGGGUCUGCCCUGGGACUACAGGACACACAAGCGGCCCCGACGCCAGGUCUGAGUCAGCCAGGGGCCCCCAAGACCCAGAUUUUCAUGAACGGCGCCUGCUCCCCGUCUUUGCUGCCAGCUCUGCACUCCCCGAUGGCCUUCUCUCUGCCGGUGGUUCCCGACUACAGCUCCUCCACGUACCUGUUCCGCCUGAUGGCAGUUGUCGUCCACCAUGGAGACAUGCACUCUGGACACUUCGUCACUUACCGACGGUCCCCACCUUCGGCCAAGAACCCUCUGUCAACCAGCAACCAGUGGCUGUGGAUUUCCGAUGACACUGUCCGCAAGGCCAGCCUGCAGGAGGUCCUGUCCUCCAGCGCCUACCUGCUGUUCUACGAGCGAGUUCUGUCCAGGGUACAGCAGCAGGGGCGCGAGUACAGGGCCGAGGAGUGACGGGCAGCCCAGCCAGGGCCCGCGGUGAGGGCCGCGUCCAGGAUAACAGAAGGCAUGCCACGUGUGCGCGGGCAAGCAGCCCCUCGAGAGCCCUCAGCCUUGUGUGGAUUGUGAGAGCAGGCUCCACACGGGAGCCUGUCUGCGCAGCGCUGCUGGGGAGGGGGUGCUGGAAGGUGUCCUCGUGAGGACAGCCUCCAUCGGGUCUCGAACACCUUCCUCAUCUGACACAGGUCAUUAAAGACACAGACUCCAGCGGCCACCCUUUCUGUACUGUAACAUGCUAGGUGUCCUCAGAGGGCACUGCCUUGUCUGGUCCUCUGACAUUCCAGCAUAGAUCUUUAUUUUUAAUAAGACGGCCCUAAAUAUUACGACAAGAAUUAGUGAAAUUAUUAUUAUUUUUUAAUUAGUGAAAUUAUUAAAGGUAACAAUUCAGAAGAAAAAGUGCCUUUCCCUUCUGGUUGUUCUGGGAACAGGCAUGUCCUAAGAGUCACAGGCACAAUGUUGGGAAAGCCCUCGUCCUUCCAAGUUCCUUAGAGGUCAAAAGAACAUUUAAGGAUGCCUAAACAGCAUGGUAGCUCAUGCCUGGAAUCCCAGCACUCAGAGGCUGGGCAGGAGGAUCACUGCAAGUUCCAGGCCAGCCUGGGCUACAUAAUAAAACCUAGCCUCCUCCCCCAAACCUGGAGAACACCUCCCCACCUUUGGGUAUGCCUUUUGUAAUCUUCAGUUCUUUAUAUGUAGUCAAGGUCACUGGCCAGUCCCACCCCAAGCCUUUUCCAAAACUGUGCUGUCUACACCGUCUGCUGAUCCUGCUUCGAGAGACAGCUCGCUUUGUGUUAUUAGUUCCCAUAACGGGGUCUGCAGGCAAGAGCCUGGGCAGGGCGGCCUGAGAGACGAGCUGUGCGAAGAGUGUAUGGGCCAGGGCUGCAGGCUCUCUGGCCUUGCUUCUUAGAGCCCACGGUGAGGAAGACAGCAUGAUGUUUGAACAGAACUGCAGCCAAUGCAUCCUGCCGUAUGCUCUAGGACCACGUUCUAAGAGUGUGUGUCCAGUGACCUUGUAAGCACAGGGCGCGCUGGGAAUUUCUUCCGUUUUCAGAGAAGUUUCACGAAUAGCCAGGCAUGGAGGAAUCUCGAGGACACAAUAGCACCUCUGUUUUAGCCAAGUUUGUCAUUUAAAAACAAAAACACGAUACCAAACCAAAUUCAGACGGACUCUUCUCAUGUAAGAUUUGGAACCAGACCUAGCCAGAGGUCACUGAGGGUAAGGCCAAGGACGUGUUUUCUCUGCAGGGGUGAGCUGGCAGACAUUCCAGAUGUGCCUAGGCAUCAACUAUGUGAGAUGAGGUCUCACUGUGCAUCCUGAGGACUUGAGACUUUGAGACUGUGCCGUGCUGGACCUCCAAGCCACAGCUCCCACAAAAGGAGCAGCUGAACCAUUUGAUGUGGCCAGGGCCCUGCAGACCUGGCUUUGGGUUGAGGUGAACGCACAGGCACUCGGUCACAUGUGAUCUUAGAGCACUUGGCAGAGUUAUAGGCUCCAAUCGUCAGUCCUGCUGCUCGUUCUGAGGUCAGCCAGGGAGAGAUGACCAAAAAGACAGGUGUGGGAUGCUGGUCAGAGCCUGGGUUUGAGCCAAGGUUGUAAAUGUGUUAACCUGACCAAGUGCUAAUGUACUUCUUUAUUUUGUAAAUUAUUAGACAUUAGAUAGCAACCAAUGAUGAUUUCUAGUUUUAAGUUAUUCACAGUAGGUAGCUUCUUCCUGGAAAACCUAAGUUAAGCUUAGUACUUACGCCGUAGGCUGCUGAGUGUGGAUCUGCUAAAGGCACUUUUGUAUCUGCUGUGUGCUAUAGCAAUAAAGACGGUUUUGUUAGGAAA